CUAUCCAUCUAUCUGCCUGUCCGUCUAUUUAUACCCCCCCGUGGCAUACUUUGAACUGUUUGGAUUCUUCCUUCCCUUUUUUUCCCACCACCUUUCUCUUAUAUAUAGCAUUGUACUUCCAACUAGCCUGGUUUCUACUUACGCCCAAAUAACAAUUUCAAUAUUUGCAGUUUAUCUUGUUUCUUGAAGCUUGAAAGUAUCAUCACUUUUAUUAUAUCCUUACACUACCGCCAUCAUGGGAAACAUUGUGGGAUACCGCUCCGUCGUCUACUUCGUUAACUGGGGUAUCUAUGGACGAGCAUUCAACCCAGCUGAUCUCCCAAUCGACAAGUUGACGCAUGUUCUUUAUGCGUUCGCCAACGUCCGUCCAGAGACUGGAGAAGUCUACCUUUCCGACACCUAUGCCGAUAUUGAGAAGCACUACCCCGGAGACUCAUGGAGUGAACCAGGAACCAAUGUCUACGGAUGUGCCAAACAGCUGUUCCUCUUGAAGAAGAAGAACCGUAACCUCAAGGUUCUUCUUUCCAUCGGUGGAUGGACAUAUUCCGCCAACUUCCCUAAGGCUGCUAGCACCGACGCUGGAAGGAAGAAGUUUGCUGAGUCCGCUACCAAGCUUCUUCUUGACUUGGGAUUCGAUGGUCUUGACGUUGACUGGGAGUAUCCCAAGGAUGAGACUGAGGCCAAUAACCUGGUCUUGCUCCUGAAGGCUUGCAGAGAGACUCUCAAUUCCGCUCAGAAGAACCGCAAGUUUCUGCUCACUGCUGCUGUCCCAUGUGGUCCCGCCAACUAUGAGAAGCUCAAGCUCAAGGAAAUGAGCGCUCAGCUCGACUUCUUCAACCUCAUGGCCUACGACUUCGCUGGUGCCUGGGAUAAGAACGCCGGACACCAGGCUAACUUGAGACCAUCCAAGUCGAACCCCGCCAGUACCCCAUUCUCAACCACUGCUGCAGUCGACUACUACACCAAUAACGGCGGCGUGCCCAAGAGCCAGAUUGUUCUUGGAAUGCCCUUGUAUGGACGUGCUUUCACCAACACCGAUGGCCCCGGCAAGCCAUUCCAGGGAGUUGGCCAGGGAAGCUGGGAAAACGGUAUCUGGGACUACAAAGUUCUACCUAAGGACGGAGCCCAGGAGAAGAAAGAUGAUGAAUGCGGUGCCUCUUACAGCUACGACCAGGCCAGUCGUACCAUGAUUUCCUACGACACCAUCCCCAUGGUCCAGGAUAAGACCAAGUGGGUUAUCGACAACGGUCUAGGAGGUGGAAUGUGGUGGGAAGCCAGCGGUGACCGAGGUGGUAAGAAUGCCACCCAGGCUGGCGGAAGCUUGAUUGCUACCUUCGUCGAGGGUGUCACUGCCAAUGGCCAGAAGGGUUUGGAGAAGUCCCAGAACUCCAUCGAAUACCCCGAGAGCCAAUACGAGAACUUAAAGAAAGGCUUCCCCUGAGGUCUCUUAACACCGACUACAGACAUUGCCUCUUUGCUCCCAUUAUCGUUCUUCUCCAAUUUUAUUCUCUGUUUAUCAUUUUUUGAACACUAUGCCGAGACUUGGUGUCUUCUGUUGGGUUGUAUUAUAUCACACUUGGCUAUAUGCUGCUGUACUGUGCUAUAUACUCCCUGGCAGUUCGACUUUUGCCUUGAGACCCCGUUCAUAACCCUCUUGAUGAUCUACCAUGAUUUAUUUUUUAUGAUGUACAGUUAUUGUAUAUGUUUGAUACUUGCGUGUAUACAGUGCGCGUCACUCGUUUAGACAUUCCAGGAAUGAAUGUUUUU